AUGUCUGUUUCAUCAACAUCAGCUCCAACAACUAGUGCAAAACCUGAACUUCUCAAAGUUGUUAAUAAUGUUUGGGCUGGUGUUCGAGAGAUGUUAGGUAUAAACCAAUUGAAUUGUGCAAAUGGUGGAGAACGGAUGGCUGGUGGGAAAUGUAAAUGUCCAAGGCUCUUUGAGGGACCUACGUGUGAAAGGAAAGUUUGUUUGAAUGAUGGUGAAUUGAUGAAAACCAAAGUUGGCCCUGUGGCAUAUGAGUGCAAAUGCCCAAAUCCUUUAUAUAUUGAUGGACCACAUUGUGAAACUGUACGUUGUGCUCAUAAAGCGUUGUUAGUCAAGUCAAAUGAUACUUGGAGUUGUGAUUGUUCUUCUCGUAUUUUCUAUACAGGCAAAUUUUGUGAAAAUUUUACUGCACCUUAUAGUGUUUUAGCUGUUCCUAUAGCUUUUUUAAUUAUUUUUCUUCUUUGUUGUGCGUUGUGUAGGAUUGAUUGGUGCCCGCGGAAAAGGCGAAGCCAACAAAUCACUCAGGCACGACAUGGUGAGAGGCGACGACCGAAUCCUAGAUCAGUUCAACAACCAUGUAGGUAUAAUGAUCGUAGGACGAAUCUACAUCAGGCACAGGAAUUUCUACUGCCUAGUGAACGACAGAGGCUGGGGCUGAGUCAUUUAGCCAGAAGUUCUGCUCCUUACCCCCCUCCUGGUGGUCCGCCUUAUAUCAUCCGCCUAGAUACGAUUCCUACCUUCAAUCCAAACAUGAUUGGUGGAGUUGAUAGUGAUAGCGUUGCCAAACACAUCGAUCCUCCUCCAUCGUACGAUCAAGCACUUUUGGCACCUGGACCACCUGAGCCUCCGAUGUAUUCCGAGAACUCAGACGGUAACACAAGUAACCAGUCGAAUGCUUCACCCAAUCGGCAUACUACGAGUUCAUCCACUCGUCCAACAACGAAUGAUUCAUCUAAUGGAUAA